AUGUUGCUCACGCGAGCUGGCUUUGAUAUUUUCUUCCGUCAUUGCACGCGACUGGAGCAUCUGUCGCUGGGCUGCCUGCAUAGGGACUUUAGGCUACCAAAUUCGAUUUACCAGCUCGUGCGUCUCCGCUCUCUCCAUCAAACAACCAUUUGGGAUUACCAGGACCUUCAAAACCUCACUCAGCUCGCAAGCCUCACGUGCCUUUCCGUGCCGAGGGAAGUCUUUUCAUCUUCAAGAGCCCCAACUCCUCACCCGUUCUCGUUCGCACAUCUCUCCUCACUCAAAUCGCUGGACCUGGGGUAUGGCUGUCCGCGGUUCGAUGUGAUGUUCCCUUCAGACUCGCCGUGCACCCUGCUCGAACGGCUGGCGCUCAACCAGUGCAACGACCUUGCGAAUCUCCCCGACGACAUCAGCGAUCGCCUGCCAUCUCUUCGGGAGCUGAGCAUCAGCGAUUGUUUUAUGAAACAUCCCGAGCAGGUCGUCUCUUUGAGCCGCCUGCGCAGCUUGAUCCUCUCCAGCUGCAGCUUCACCGGCCUGCCUGACAGCUUCGGAGAGAUGCCCGUUCUGAAAACGCUCGUGCUGGACAAGCUCAGCCUCAGCUUCCCUGCUUCGUGCAGCCUGUUGCAAUCCCUAGAGACGCUGGUGGUUACCGAAUGCACGCAUAGUGACGAGUUGCGAGGCCCGCUCAGCUUUCCCACCUCUCUCAAGACCCUAUGCCUCGCCGGCUCUCCCUUCCUGGUUCUUCCUGAUGACAUUGGAGAACUCCUCAACCUAGAGACCCUCUUCCUGAAGAUGUAUCAUGACUGUCAUCAGCUGCCCUCCUCGUUCACCCUACUCCCUUCGCUCACAAGGCUGGAGCUUCAGCAGUGCGAGCUGGCUGAGGUGCCAGAAGCCAUGGGGAGCCUGAGGCGCCUGCGGGAGCUCUACAUUCUCUCAUGCUGGCGGAUCCAGAAACUCCCGGAGUCCGUUUCAGCCCUUGGGAGCCUUGAAAUCCUCGUGGUUGACAAGUGCAGCGGAUUUUUCUCGUUACCGAAAAAUCUGAUGAAUCUGACGAGGCUGAAGCAGUUGGAGCUGACUGGAAGCCUUUUCUUAUUGGAGGAAUUGCAUCUGGUCUUGGCAUGUGAGGAGGAAUUCCCAUUCCCAUUGGCUGACCUCCCUCACCUCCGCAUCUUGACAGUAGUAAGCACUGGAUUCUUCAAGCUUCCGGACUUUUCCAGGUCCACCCUGCAGGAGCUGCGUCGGCUGGAGAUAAGCUUGCCUGAGUUGAUGGAAAUUCCAGCAACUAUUGCAGCACUACAGAAGCUCACAUGCCUGGGGAUCACAGCUCCCAAGCUGCCUUCUCUUCCUGAUUCAAUCGGGGCACUAUCCAGAUUAUGCGAGCUGACCCUGUCCAAGUGCCGAGCUCUCACACAUCUCCCUGCUUCCCUCACUCAGCUGUCCCACCUGCGCAAGUUACAGCUCUCCAAGACCAGUAUCACAUCCCUUCCGCCCAACUUUGCGCGGCUCAGCCAGCUGCAGGUCCUGGACUUGAGGAAAUGCAUGCAGCUGGAGGCUCUGCCUGAUGACUUGGGAGAGCUGAAACUGCUGGAUAGUCUGAAUACAGAUGGGUGUGACAAGCUGCAUGACGAUCAAGGUUCGCCUGCCUGGGGGGGAACAACUCUUCCAGCUGUAUAUAGUAGUAGCUCUGGCUGA